AUGCACUUGAAGGAUGAGCAGUAUCACGAUGCAUUCGAAGAUCCGAUAGAUUCAACAGCAGGCAGCGGUUUAAUUCCAGGUAUAUCGGACGCUAGAGAACUCAAUGGCAAUAAUCAGCCGAAUAGCGAUUCCGAAUCAGAAGAAGAGGGAGGAGAAGGCCCGCUGGCUACUAAACACCUGUCGCAUGAUGCUGAGGCUCAUUUCAAGAAUCUGGAAUUCCAAGGAGUGCCAAACUCUACGCUCAGCGCCGCAGCAGACGAACCUACUGGUGACGAAGAAAGAGACGAGCAGUCGAACUGGCUUAAAAAAAUGUACCCUCAAGAUUCGUUCUACGGCUGGCGGAAGGAAAUGGGUCAAGCGUUUCGUCGGUUUUCUAAGCUAACGGGAAGACGGAAUACGCGUUCUGACAUUGGGAAAAAUGUGCGAUCGUCAGUUUCUCACCAUCAGAGUCCUGAAGAUAUGUUUACGCAAAGUUUAGCAUCAGACCUGAUCGAUACAUUGAUUUCAGGCUGCCCUGCCGCACUUUUUGCUGGCUGUUCCUUUCUUCGUGAUGAACACGGCGUUAGAAGAGCCCCAAUCCUUUUGGCAAUGCUGGGAGUAAAAGUCAAGCCUUCCAAACCGCAUACCAGCUUCGAUACUAAUAUGAACGAUGCAGAUAAUGGUAAUGGCGAUGCUCAUGAGUCCCAACGCCAUGAUGCCAAGUUUAAAUUAGAAUUGGAGUAUGGUGUUGGAUACAAUCGGUUGAAAUGGGCUGUGGUGAAAUCCUACAAAGAUCUGGCUUCUCUUCACACUAAAUUGAAACUCAUGUAUUUUCAGCAAAAUGCUAUAAACAAACUCCACAUCGAUAACCACGGCCACAAUCAAUUGCAUUUACCCCAUUUCCCACGGUUUGACGACCUCACAAAAAAGGAACGCAAUACCAUGGCGAAUGAAUUAGCCGCAGAAACGAGUAGCACAGACACCAGAGACAGCGAGGUACCCGCGGGAGCUGAAAAUCAAAACCAUAACGACGCGGCUUCUUUAGCAACAGGUGGCACGACCCAAUUCGAAAUAAAAAAGUUCCGCAUGAAACACUUGGAAGACCUCUUAAGUGAACAGGAUGAUUCAUCCCAUCCCAUGCACCAAAGAUUGGAACGCUACCUGAAACUUCUGAAUUUAGCGCUCUGCCUCAGACCUCAGUCUAACCGGCUGUUCCAAUUUUAUGAACUUUCGCCAAUCGGAAAUUUACUCAGCUAUGAAAAUGGCUACCAAGGUAAACAAGGCUACAUGGUCGUUAGGUCCACUGCUAGUGCCCAGGGCUGGAGAGUGUCGCACUUUAAAUUUCGGGAUUUUCGAGCAAUGAUCGAAAGACAUACAAACAAAUGGUUUUUGGUCAGACAUUCAUACAUUCUCUAUGUGUCAGAUCUUCACUCCACCACUCCUUUGGAUGUCUUCUUAGUCGAUUCCAGCUUCAAAAUUCGAGUUCCUGGUGAGUUCGAAGUCUCGGUAGAUGACUACAAAGAUUUUGAUCCCAUGGGCCAUGAUGCCAGAAAGAUUUCCACUAAGCUGCAAAUAACUUUGGAAAAUAGUGAACGCAAGAUACAGAUGCUUGUGAAGUCCGAGUUCCAAUUAAGGCUGUGGGUCGCUUCUCUCUCUAAAAUGGUAAAGUCCACUAUCUGGUCCCAAAAGAAAAGAUUUGACAGUUUUGCGCCUGUGAGACGUAACUGUUUUUGCAAAUAUCUUGUCGACGGAAGGGACUACUUCUGGGCGUUAAGCGAAGCACUGUCGAUGGCCCAGGACGUAAUCUUCAUACACGACUGGUGGCUCUCGCCUGAAUUGUACAUGCGGCGACCAGUCAAAGCCAAUCAAGAGUACCGAAUCGAUAGAAUCUUGAGAGAAAGAGCCGAAAAAGGCGUUAAGAUUUUCAUUGUUGUUUACAGAAACGUAGGCUCUACUGUUGGAACUGAUUCCUCCUGGACGAAACAUUCGAUGCUCAACCUUCAUCCAAAUAUUCACUUAAUUCGGUCUCCUAAUCAGUGGCUACAAAACACCUACUUUUGGGCUCAUCACGAGAAAAUGACUGUUAUUGAUCACAGUGUAGCUUUCAUGGGGGGAAUUGAUUUGUGUUACGGUAGAUUCGAUACUCCUGAACAUGUUUUGAAAGACGAUGACCCAGACCUUCAAAAUCAGAAUUUCCCAGGUAAGGACUACUCUAACGCUCGCGUCUGUGACUUUUAUGAUCUUGACAAACCUUUUGAGUCAAUGUACGACAGGAAUGUGGUCCCCAGGAUGCCAUGGCACGACGUUCAUAUGAUGACCGUAGGUGAGGCAGCGCGCGAUAUGUCUAGGCAUUUUGUGCAGAGAUGGAAUUAUGUGAUUCGACAAAAACGCCCUAGUCGCCCUACCCCUUUGUUGACGCCUCCAAGUGAUUUCACAGAAAGCGAAAUGAAGAAAUCUCCAUUUUUUCAAGACAUAGCUGAUCGGUCAACUUGCGAGGUCCAGGUGUUGAGGAGUGCUGGUAACUGGUCAUUGGGCCUCAAAAAGACCGAACACUCUAUUCAAAAUGCUUAUCUGAAGUUGAUAGAAACAUCGAAUCACUUUGUUUACAUGGAGAACCAAUUUUUCGUCACAAGCUCUAGCUGGGAUGGUGUAGUUGUGGAAAACAAAAUCGGUGAUGCACUUGUAGACAGAAUAAUAAAAGCCAGCAGCGAAGGCAAGGCGUGGAAAGCCUUUAUAGUCAUUCCUCUAAUGCCUGGCUUCGAUUCACCUAUCGACAAGGCCGAAGGUUCUAGCGUUCGUGUUAUCAUGCAAUGUCAAUUUCAAUCGAUUUCAAGGGGAGAGACGUCAAUAUUUGCUAGGCUCCGGAAACUAGACAUUGAUCCUUUGCAGCAUAUCCAAUUCUUUUCUUUAAGAAAAUGGUCAGCGUUAGGACCUAACGAUCGAUUAGUCACAGAGCAAUUGUACGUGCAUGGUAAAGUCCUUAUAGCCGAUGAUCGAGCUUGCAUUAUUGGUAGUGCUAACAUCAAUGAGAGGUCAAUGCUCGGUAACAGAGAUAGUGAAGUAGCUGCUCUAGUUAGAGACACAGAUCUCGUUGAAUCGAAGAUGGGUGACAAACCUUAUCUUGCCGGAAGGUUCGCUUGGGAGCUAAGACAGAGACUCAUGCGUGAGCAUUUAGGGUGCGACGUAGAUAUUGUCGAAGUCGUAGAACGGAAAUUUGGAAAGCUUGAAGAGCUUGCAAAACUGAAUUACAAAACUUUACAUUUAUCAAACGACGAAAAUAACAAUAAGAAAGCCCAAAUUGAAUCCGCGCUCAUAGAAAUCGGCUAUAGAGAGGUUAUGCAUACCGAAGCAAGUGAAGCCUGGAAGGAAAAGUAUGGCUCUAUCAAGAAUUUCGGGCUGCAAAUUGAACCCGGAAAGUCUGAAAAUGAAGAUUCAGGUUUUCAGCCGGUUGAAAACAAUAACGUCAAAUCGAACUUGACAUCUACUAAGCAGAGGAAGGAAGAUUCGAAUUAUAAUUUGAAUCACUAUCACUCGUUCAACAACAGAGCAGGCGAGGCCAAUCUAGGAAUUCGUGACAAAAAGCCUAUCAGUACUGACUCCAGAUUGGUCAACAAUGAGGUUCACACAGCCGACGUCGACGGUCUGGGUCUAGACGGAUGGAAGAAGGUAAGCCACAAGUUGAAGCAGAACGUAACCGAAAAACUACGUUCGUGGGCCGAGAAAAUGCUGGUGUCAACCGCUGAUGACAAAGUCGGUGGUAAGCGUGCAGACAGCUUUUUGCCUCAUCGUGAAGACGUGGAGAUCUACUUGGAUGACUUUGCAGUCACACCCACAGAGAAAUGGGAUAUGCUCAAACGUAUUUGCUAUCUCCAAUACCUGUCUCAUAAAAACGACAUGAAGAUAAACUCUGAGCGUAGUGAGAAUGAGUCUGACUCGUCAAUUAGCAAAUCUUCUCAGAAUCCUGACACUACUGACGGGAACUCUCACAAAAAUCACGUAGAGGCAGUAGAAGAACAUGAGUUGGACGACGAAAUUAUCGACGACAUGUUGAUGCAGCUGUUGCCACCCGUUGGUAACAACGGUUCUCAACAAAAGGAUUUCCUAAAUUUGAAGUUCGUCGACCCCUACGCAUUUGAGGAUCCACUGUGUGAUGCGUUUUAUGAGGAUAUGUGGUUUGCUGUUGCAUUGCGCAACACGAUGCUAUUCCGACUUGUUUUCCAUUGCCAACCGGACAACUCGGUGCAAACUUGGCGUGAUUACAAAGACUUUAACCGCAUGCGUGAGGAAUUCGACAGCAGCCAGGACACCGUGAUUGAUCUCGAGCGCUAUCCCGAGAGUGAGCAAGAAAAUGCAAUGGCAGGAAAGAAAUCACUACAGCCGCAAGCUUCCCGUAAAGAGGACGGAUCUUCUUCGAUGAAAACGGCACACAACAGCACUGCGGCCAAGACUAGCGUGGGCCAUCAGGAUUACAAAAGUCGAUCGCGCGCAUUGAAGAUGAAAUUGUCCAACAGCGUGCUGUACGGUGCCAACCAGCGCAUCUUUGACAAGUACACGGCACGCAGAAUUCUUGAACGGGUACACGGACACCUGGUCAUAUUCCCAACUGACUGGCUGGCACGCGAGGUUGAGUCCAACAAUUGGUUUUACAGUGCAGACAGAUUACCGCCCAUCGACAUUUACGACUGA